AUGUCGUAUGCCUCGCCGUCGCCGUUUACGAGCGGACCCUCAUCUCACCCGAGCGUUCAGCGUGCGCACUCGUCUUCCAGUCAAGUCCAUCUGAGCGCGAAAGGUUAUCGAGCUGCUUCCAGCCUCAAGGACGAAUGGGAGGAGGACGCAUGGAAUGAGGGCUCAGACGACGAGGCAGACUAUGCCAACGGACUCGAGCGAACUGCUGUGCCUCUGGACAGCUGGCAGCAGCCUCACCUCGGCGAGCCCGCAAGCACGUCUAGCUCCAAGAGCGAGCGAUCCAGCUCGGUCGGCCCAUCGCUGACCAUCCCCUCGCUCAAAGGCAAAGGCCGUGCCCCCUCACCGCUAUCCCCAGCGUCAGUCAUAGCCUCAGAUCUGUCGCGACCCAUCUCUGCUUCGUCGUCAGAAAGCAAACCUGCCGCGAGCUGGUCCAUUUGGGAUUACUCGCCUCUCGGUCGACGGCAAGAGCCUCAACCCGCUCAGAGACGAGAAUCUGGCUUGGGAAGCGACACGAGGCCCGAUGAUGGACUGCCUGCUGCCGGUGGCUCGGGCAGGUCCACGCCGACACUCGAGAACAGACGAGUCGCGAGCGCAGGCAAGCACGGCGCUCGUUCUUAUUCCAAUUCGUCUUCCUGGGUCACCGUGGACGCCAUCAACAACCGGGGAGACGACAUGGACGAGUCGCAACUACGGAUGGUCGAUGGGCCUAAUAUUGAAGGGCUCAUGCUCAGCGAUCCCACGCCGCUCUUGACGCGCAAAGAGAUGGAAGACGCGAUGAGACCCGACAUUGACGACAUACUUGCAGACCCAAUGAACGCGCUCAAGAGAUUGAGGGUGGAUCGCAACGGCGAAUUUGUGCGCCAAGCCGACCAUUUAAAUGCGCUCAGCUCGUCAGCUACCUCAAACGUUGCAGAUCAGUCAUACGAUAGCAAAGACGACGACGACUCUGGUGAUGGCGUGACUUUCUUCGAGAGCCCGGCGAAUGCGCAGGAGAGGCGCGAUCGCAAGAACAAGGAAAAGUUUGUGACUUGCCUGUCAGCGGAGAGCAUCGACCUGACUCAACUGAGGAAAUUAGCAUGGUCUGGCGUGCCGGACGAGCUAAGGCCGGCCGUCUGGCAGCUCUUGCUGGGCUACUUGCCAGGACCGGCUACACGUCGAGCUGCUGCACUAUCACGGAAACGGCAAGAGUAUGCUGAAGCCGUACGGCUGGCGUUCUCUCGCGGUGAGGCCAAUCUCGAUCCUGCGAUAUGGCAUCAGAUCCAUAUUGACGUACCUCGCACCAAUCCCGGAGUGAGGUUAUGGCAGUUCGAAGCAACUCAAAAGGCUCUCGAGCGAAUAUUAUACGUUUGGGCAAUCAGGCAUCCUGCCAGUGGCUAUGUCCAAGGCAUUAACGAUCUCGUCACACCCUUUAUGCAGGUCUUUAUAUCGAGCUAUAUCGAUGCAGAUCCGGAAAGCUACGAUGUCUCUGUUCUGCCCGCACAUGUCCUGUCAGCGCUCGAAGCCGAUAGCUACUGGUGCCUGUCCAAACUGCUCGACGGUAUACAAGACAACUAUAUAUUUGCUCAGCCAGGUAUCCAGCGCCAGGUCGCUCGACUGAAGGAGCUCUGCAAGCGCGUCGAUGCUCCUCUGGCAGCUCAUCUCGAGGAGCACAAUGUCGAAUUCAUUCAAUUCGCUUUCCGAUGGAUCAAUUGCCUUCUCAUGCGGGAGAUGAAGGUUAAGAACAUCAUCAGGCUAUGGGAUACGUAUCUGGCGGAAGGGACUGACGCGUUCUCCGAUUUCCACCUUUACGUCUGCCUCGCGUUCCUCGUCAAAUGGAGUGACAAGCUACGGUCGCUCGACUUUCAGGCACGCAGCCUCUCCGGCAUCAUCAUGUUCUUGCAGUCGCUGCCAUCGACGCAGACCUGGACUGAUACCACCAUCAGACUCUUGCUCAGCGAAGCCUUUCUCUGCUCGUUGAUCAUCAUCCAACUCAUGGGAAGAUACUACUCCUCUGACCGAUACGCUGCUCAUGAUCAAGCUGCGGGAGUGAAUGCUCGCUUCAGCCUGAUCCUGCCGUCAGGAUACGACCUCUGCUGCAUCAUCUUGGCCGACCUUGUGACUCGUACAUGGCUGGCACCGCUUCUCGGUUCAGCCUGUGAGCAACAGCAGAUCUGUCUGCUCAGCUGUUUGGAUACUCUUAUUCGAACAAGUAUCGCUACAAUGGUGGCCAUGACGCUGAAGCCCAGGCCAGCGCCUUCGCCAUCGAUCAGCAGACAAGAUCACGCCAGCUUGACUACGCCAGUCGAGCCCAACAUCACACGAACAGGCAGCUUUGGUCUCAGGUCAGACAAGCCGAGAUCUGCUCUUGGGCUCAUGCGCCGCAUGACCGGCACUGCAUCCCCCUCGCCCAGCACACCUACGCUCGACAAGGGCGAAGCGACCUUUGCGCCACUGCCUCGUCGUUCGCGUUCGAUUGGCCCUCUUGACUCGAUGAGCAGCAGUGUUGCCUCUGCUCUGCCUACGCUCGAUGUCAGCGACUCGCUCGGUGGCAAGCGCAGCUUGUCCCUGACACGCCUCGGUCGAUCCACUAGCGACGAACGUAAGUCGCGCUCCCAUGGCUUCAGCGGCCUGUCUCCUGUCAACAGUCGCGACGGAGCGUCACCUCACCACGUUGAUAUGCGUCCAGCCGAGCCUGUAGCUGCGACUGCUAUGCAGGAAUCCUAUGUCUCCAAAGUCGCUCAGCGUCUGUCGGAUGCAAUCAACAAAGUCUUUCCCGCAGCGCCGGCUUCCCUCGGCGUCUCCGUCAUUUCAUCGACACCUGCCCAGUCGGCGUCAGCACACACUUCUGGGCCAUCGGUCACGCUCAACAAUGAGCCUGUCAUUGUCUGGCGAGGCCGUACCGCGCCGCUAUACGCUCGAGCGAAAGCCGUCGGUGAUCUUAUCGCUAGCGAGCUCAAUGAUGCCAUGCACGAUCAAUACCUGCUGCGCUCUUUACUUCGAUCUGCCGUCCUGAAGACGCUCGCAAUCUACCUUUCGCGCCUCGAAUCGAUCGUCAUUUUGCCUUCCGCCGAUCCAGGAGGCAUUCUCUACGUGGCAAAGACGGUCAAAGAAGCCGAUGCGGCACCCUUAGCUCAGCGCUUCGACUUUGAGAUUGUUCGUUGCGCCUGGGUAAUCAGCGCGAGUCUAGAUUCUGUCACGCGAGACAAAGCCGGCAUGCAGGUACCGUCAUUUCUGUCCGACACGCUGAAGCCCUGGAAGCAAAAGCUGGACGGUCUCAUCAAUCGCAUCAUGACGCCGUUUGUCGUCGAGCUCAAGGCACACGGCGCUGCCAUCGUCGGUCGAGCUUGUCUCGAAGAUCAUACUUCGUCUGCUUCGCCACCCGCAUCUGUGCCCGGAUCGCCCGCUAUGUCGCCGUCUGCAGCAGCUGCAAAUUCGCAGUUUCGUCUGCCCGCGCUAUCGCGCACAAGCACGCCUACGCCAAGCAUCACUAGUGUGACCAAUGGUCACACCACAGCUUUGCCUGCGUAUCUGCGCGAGUUGUCCGCCUUCUUGGAGGCCGUCAACCGCACCUUCGACCGGCUAGCGCUGGGAGACGGCGCUACUCGCUGGCUGGUCACGCUCUCCAGUCAUCUCAUCUGGAAAUUCAUGCUGAAUGCUUCAGCACGUCCAAUCGGCAAUGUGAUCAAUUCGCAUGCGUUCGAGGAUGCAAUCGAGAAUGCACACAUCAAGCGGUCAAUGCCUGGCAAAGCGUUGCUAGCUCGCAGCAGUUACCACAUGCCUACGCUUGCCUCGCACGGUAUGUCCUCUGUGUCUGGCAAGCCGCGAUUGUCGCCACCUCUCGAGCAUCAGAAGCCUGACGCUAUCUUGUCGCCCGAAGCUGCUUCUAGUGCUGUCGUCGUUGCUGAGACAGAAAGCUUCCAGCAGCUCAUGACCGCAUUCGCGUCCCGAGUGCUGUACCCGGAUGCUCAUCGAUCUUGCUGUCAUCAGCACAGGAGCAGACUACUCAGACGAAAGCGACCUCAGAAUGCAGUGCUUGACGUCAAUGGCGAGGGGGCUAUUCCUUUGACCGACCGUUCACCACCUCGCUCAGAGGAUGGAUGUCCACCGUUUUCGGUCUGUGACAGCUUAGACGAUAUCAUCACUGCCGCAAACCAAGAUGAUAUACAUAACGAUCUCGCAAAAGAAGCCAUGUACGAGGCUCUCAUCGCGCUCGCAGCUACACUUGUCAUCUUUCGCCUCCGAUCGAAGCCAGAUCUACUCAAGAAGGGCCUCCAGCUCGUUGCGCCACCAGUCACAGCUAGCGUAGCUGCUGAGCCACUCACGCCUGCAAAGCUACUCAGCGAGACCGACGCGUUACAGUCAGUCAAGCCCGAUGAGAUCUGCCGGCACAUCAAGGAAGCAUUAGAGCGAGCACCGUCGCUCAUCUUGCUCCAUGCGCUGGCAGCGAUGAUCUUGACGAAGCCUACCGAGACUGCGACAGCCGAGCUGGAGCCUGUUGAGCUCUUCAGGCUGCCUCACGAGCUCUGGAAGAUCUCGUGGGCAGACUACGUCAAGAUGCAGAAAGGGUUUGCGACUGCAGAGGAAUGGGAGUCAGAGAUCAGCUGGGAGAUGGACUCCGAAGUCAAGCGAUUGACGCUCAUCCGACCGAGGCUCGAGAGCCACUCUUACUGGAAUGGCAUGUCUGUAUGGCUUGAACUGCUCAGUCUGGCUGUCUUGACUGUCUGA